AUGGAAGCAUUUGUGGGAAUUCUCGUAGAUACUUUGAAUUCCAUGAUCCAGAAGGAGCGUGGAUUGCUUUGUGGUGUUGCAACUGACAUGCAAAAGCUUUCACGCUUGCUCUCCACCAUCAAGGCAGUCCUUGAAGAUGCAGAGCAGAAGCAAUUCAUAGAAAAGGCGAUACAACUCUGGUUUAAGGAGCUCAAUGUUGUUGCCUGUGAAAUCGAUGAUGUAUUGGAUGAUUACGCAGCUGAAGCCUCAAGAGUCAAGUACAAAAAGUCUGGUUGUUUAAGUUUUAUGUGUUACCCUGUAGCAGGAAACUUAGUGUUUCGUCACAGGAUUGGGACAAGGAUGAAGGAGAUCCUUGAAAAAUUUAAUGCAAUUGCUGAUGAGCAAACAAAGCUUGGUUUGAGUGAUCAGAAGCGUGGGAGCUAUUUCAAUGCAAGCCGUGAGACUGGAUCCACGGUAAAUGAACCUGAAGUUCUUGGAAGGGACGAGGAAAAAGGGCAGAUUGUAGACAUCUUGAUGAAAGAAAAGGAUAGAGAUGAUCAGAAUGUAUCAGUGCUCCCUAUAGUGGGUGUUGGAGGCCUUGGAAAGACAACACUUGCCCAAUUGGUGUUCAAUGAUGAACGCAUAGCCAAGCAUUUUGAGCCAAAACUCUGGAUUUGGGUUUCAGGGGAUUUCGAUGUGAAGAGGAUUAUAAAAGCCUUAAUUGAGUCUGUAGGAAAGACUUCUAUUGGAGACUUACCCUUGGAUGCUCUCCAAGGAAAGCUUCAAGAGUUGUUGAGAGGGAAAAGAUACUUGAUUGUACUGGAUGAUGUCUGGAAUGAGAAUCCACGGGAAUGGGAGAAGCUGAAAUCUGUUCUGCAAUGCGGAUCAAGAGGUAGUUCAAUUGUCGUGACAACUCGUAAGCAAAAGGUUGCUGAAAUAAUGCGCACAUUAGAGACACAUUAUCUAUCGAGUUUGUCAGAAGAUCGGUGUUGGUCACUGUUCAAGCAACAGGCAUUUGAUUGUCAGGAGAAGGAAGAAAGACUUGAAGCUGUUGGAAAAGAGAUUGUAAAAAAGUGUGGUGGUGUUCCACUUGCUGCAAAGGCUCUUGGAGGCUUUCUACGAUUUAAGUCGGAAGCGGAAUGGAACUCCGUGAAAUGCAGUGAGCUUUGGAACUUACCUGAAGAUGAAACAGAUAUCUUGCCCGCAUUGCGAUUGAGCUACCUUAAUCUUCCGGUAGAGUUGAGAGGUUGCUUUGCAUAUUGUGCUGUAUUUCCCAAGGGCUAUGAAAUUGAAAAAGAAGAGGUAAUACGUUUGUGGAUGGCAAAUGGAUUGAUUUCAUCUAAUGCAACGAUGGAAGUGGAAGAUGUUGGUGAUGCUGUGGUGACUGAACUACAUUAUAGAUCACUAUUCCAAGCCGUCAAGAAAGAUUCGUUUGGCAGUGUCCUUACUUUUGGGAUGCAUGACCUUGUCCAUGAUCUGGCUCAAUCUGUAAUGAAGGCUAAACACGGUGGAACAGAGUCAAACAGAACCAUGAUGUUGGAUUUGCUAGAUGAUCAGCUAACAGUGGCUUUUCCUAUUACAAUCACAGGCACUGACCAGUUUUCUUCUUUCAUGCCAAAAUGUGGUUCCCUGAGGGCGCUCAUUGUAAGGUCAACAAGGCGGCAAGAAAAGUUUACAGAGCUGCCACCUGCAAUAAGCAAAUUGAAACAUUUAAGGCAUGUAAAUCUUUCAGGAUCCGACAUUGUUGAACUACCCAAUUCAAUUUGUGACUUGUGGAAUUUGCAAAUUUUAAACCUGAAUCGUUGUGGCAAACUUCGGAGCCUGCCCAAAGGCAUGAGAUUCCUCAGAAAUCUUCGACAUCUUUGUCUACAGGGGUGUGGGAGUUUGACUCACAUGCCGAGUGGAAUUGGGAAGUUGACUUGCCUGCGGACGUUGAGUAUGGUCGUCCUGAGUGGCAAAAAAGGCUUCCGACUAAGUGAGUUGCGAGACUUAAAUAUGCUUAGAGGAGAGCUAACAAUUGGGUACCUUGAGAGGAUUGAAAACAAAAAGGAUGCAGAAGAAGCUUGCUUAAUUAAAAAACAGAGUCUCCGCGAGUUGCGUUUGAAAUGGGAUUCCGAAAGAAUGUUUCAACGGUACAAUGAUGAGGAAGUGCUCGAAGCCUUGAAACCCUGCCCCAACCUUCAAUUGCUGAGUAUACAAGGCUUCAAAGGUUCAUCAUUAUUUCCAUCUUGGAUUUCAGCUGUAACAGAAGUUUUGGUGUGCGAAAGUGCCACGGAGUACAUAGUUGGGCCCCAGGAGAGUACUGCAGGGGUGAAAAAGCUGACGUUACAGAUCAUGCCCAACCUAAAAGGAAUGUUAGGAAGAGAAGUCCAAGGUACUCCAAGGGUAUUCUCUCAACUUCAAUCCUUGUCUUUUUUUAAUUGCCCAACAUUGACAUUGCCGCUGCCACAUAUGCCGUCCCUAAAGGAGUUAUGCGUCGACAGCUGCCCGAACAUGGCAUGGGCUUCAAUCUCCAAUCUCACUAGUCUUAACUCCCUUAGAAUUGAGGGCAUUGAAGGAUUGAGUUGUUUUCCAGAAGAGAUGCUACAAAAUCUUAGUCUUCUUGAAUCCCUGGGUAUUAGUGACAUGAAGGAUCUGCAAGCCUUACCUAGAAGCUUGGCUAGCCUCACGGCUUUGAAGAUGUUGGCCAUCGUGUUAUGUCCCGAGCUGGAGUCUCUGCCAGAAGAAGGAUUGCGAGGCCUUGCUUCUUUGCAGGAACUGGAUUUGGUCGACUGCUAUAAUUUGGUGAGUCUCUCAAUGGGGACUAAAGCCCUCAAAUCCCUGACUCAUCUAAGCAUCUUAGAUUCAAAGCUAGCAGCUCUGCCAGAGGAAGUCAAACAUUUCCCCGCACUACAAAAACUGGAUCUGCGACAUUUUCGCAAUCUAACUUCAUUGCCAGACUGGUUUGGAGACCACCUCACUUCUCUUCAACACCUGACACUAUGGUCUUGUCCGACGCUUGAAACACUUCCAUCCAGCAUUCAAAUGAUGACGACACUCCAAAGUUUGGCAAUAAAUUACUGCGAGCUACUGGGACCACGGUGUCAAAGGGGAAGAGAGGAAUGGCACAAAAUUAAGCACAUCCCAUUCUUGGACUUGAAAAUUGCGUAA